AUGAUGCUCAAGAAGGCAGCUCCAACCCCUCAGAAGGCGGCAUGUCCAGAGCAUUUGCCUCCCAACGAACCUGGGAUUGGGAUGCCUUGGACCUGGCAAUCUUCCAGUAUUGACGCUGUAGAUGCAAACCAGCACAAGGAUUCCUUGACAAGCCGGGAACAAACCAAAUCCGGCCGGUGGAACCGAAAGUCCUACAUUUGGCAGUUCCGAAAAGAGGAGGAGGAGGAGGAUAAAACUGCAGCGGAGGCGAAAGAGGUUGACCCUGCAGGAAGCUUGGGCAAACGUCAUGAAGCCCUGGGCAUUCGCAGCCGAAGCAGCACUUUAAGGACCCAGAGCUUUGAUCCAGCAACUGACGGUCAGAACGUAUAG